CACUACCCACAGGAUCGCCAUGGGGACAACCAAGGACACACCGAUAUGGAGGCUGAUAUGCCUGGUACUACUGAUCAGAUCAACAGAAACAGUGAGCCCCACCACAAGUGUAACAAUCAUCCCGACUAUGAUCACGACUAUACCCACACUUUCAGGAGUGAAUGCCUCACACAAUGACCAGGUCUGCAGCACGUGGGGUAACUAUCACUUCAAGACCUUCGACGGGGACUUUUUCCAGCUCCCCUCCACCUGCAACCAUGUUGUGACCUCACUGUGUAAGAGCAGCUAUGAGGCUUUCAACAUCCAGAUGAGGCGGCAGGUGGUGGACAACCAGCCCACCAUUAGCAAGAUCACCAUGAAGCUGGAUGGUGUAGUGGUGGAGCUUUCCAAGGGUGUUGUUGUGGUCAAUGGGCAGACGGUGACCCUGCCGGUCAGCUUGUCUGGAGUCAGCAUCAUGAAGACUACAUCCAAUGUGAAGGUCGUAGCCAAACUGGGGCUGGUUGCUGUUUGGAACAAGGAUGACUCCCUAAUGAUUGAAAUGAACGAGAAGUACAGAAACCAGACCUGCGGACUGUGUGGUGACUUCAAUGAAGUCCAAACAUACAAUGAGUUCAUCAUCAAUGGUGGGAAACUCUCUAGCUCUGACUAUGGAAACCUCUGGAAACUGGAUGGUCCUCUGGAAGUCUGUGAGGAGCCUACACUAACUUCCGAGGAGAGUUGUGGAGAUGAGGAAUUUUGUCAGCAGCUGUUCUCCGGUGCAGCUUUCAGUAGCUGCACUAAUUAUCUGGACAAGGACGCCUUCGUCGAGACCUGCCUGGCUGACCUGUGCCACUGUGAUAACAGCACCAACUCAUUCUGCCUGUGCAACACCAUCUCAGAGUACUCCCGUCAGUGUGUUCAUGCAGGGGGGAAGCCCCAGCAAUGGAGGACUGAACAGUUCUGCUAUAAGACAUGCCCUGACAACAUGGAGUACCAGGAGUGUGGAAGCCCCUGUGUUGACACCUGCUCCAACCCAGAGGCCAGACAGUUGUGUGAAGACCACUGUACAGGCGGCUGCUUCUGUCCUCUAGGUACUGUUUUCGAUGAUGUCAACAACAGUGGCUGUAUUCCAGUGAGAGAAUGCCUCUGUGUCCACAAUGGACAAGUAUACAAAUCUGGAGAAUCUUACACCAGCAACUGUAAAGAAUGCACCUGUGCUGGUGGUCAGUGGGCCUGCACAGACAAGGACUGUCCUGGGACCUGCUCUGUGGAGGGAGGAUCCCACAUCAACACCUUUGAUGGGAAAGCCUACACCUUUCACGGGGGCUGCUCUUACAUUCUGACCAAGCAAUGCAAUGGAACUGAAUUCACCGUGCUGGGAGACAUUGUGAAGUGUGGGUUGACUGACACUGAGACGUGUAUGAGGGCUGUUACCCUUGCCCUCUCCAGCAGAUCCACCGUGAUCCGAGUCCAGUCAUGUGGAAGUGUUUUUGUAAAUCAGAUUCUUUCUCAGCUCCCACUCUAUACAGCUGAAGUGACCGUCUUCAAGCCCUCCUCAUUCUACAUUGUUAUCCAGACAACUCUUGGAGUUCAACUUCAGAUCCAGCUUUCACCAGUUAUGCAGAUCUACAUAACUGCCAUCUCAUCCUACAAAGGAACAACCUGUGGCCUUUGCGGAAACUACAAUGACGUUCAGGCAGAUGAGUUCAGAGUCAUCAGUGGAUUGGUGGAGGGCACAGCUGUAGCUUUUGCCAACACAUGGAAGACCAUGUCUAGCUGCCCUGAUGUCAAGACUAGCUUUGAAAACCCCUGCAGUUUGAGCAUUGAAAAUGAGAAAUAUGCCCAGCACUGGUGUUCCAUGUUAUCAGAUCCUAAAGGAGUGUUCUCGCCUUGCCAUUCUGAAAUAAGACCUGACACCUACAAAACCAACUGCAUGUAUGACAGCUGUAACUGUGAGAAGAGCGAGGACUGCAUGUGUGCUGCCGUCUCCUCUUAUGUCCACGCUUGUGCUGCCGAGGGUAUCCAGCUCACUGGCUGGAGAGACACUAUCUGCAAUACAUUUGCCACUUGCCCCAGUCAAACAGUUUAUACCUACAACAUGACCAGCUGUGGACGCACCUGCCGCUCCCUGAGCAUGACAGACCAAUCUUGCCAGGUGGAGUUUGUUCCAGUGGACGGAUGCGGCUGUGCAGAGGGCACCUACAUGGACGAGGCUGGCCAGUGUGUUGCCCCCACCAACUGUCCCUGCUAUGACAAGGGCUCGGUGGUCCCUGCAGGAGAGACUAUCAGCAGAGACGGUGCCACCUGCACUUGCAGACAAGGGACACUGAGUUGCACUGGGGAAGCAAGACUAUUUAUAUGCACACUGCCAAUGGUUUUCUUCAACUGCUCAACUGCACCUCCAGGAGCUUCAGGUUCAGAGUGUCAGAAGAGCUGCAAAACUCUGGACAUGACCUGUAUUAGCACAGAGUGCACAUCAGGUUGUAUGUGCCCCAACGGACUGGUGUCUGAUGGAAACGGAGACUGCAUCAAGGAGGAACUUUGUCCUUGUGCUCACAAUGGAGCUACUUACCAAGCUGGAGAGACCCUUAAGGUUGACUGCAAUACAUGUACUUGCAAGGACAGACAAUGGCAGUGUACCACACAUCUCUGUGAUGGAGUAUGUGCAAUCUAUGGAGAGGGUCACUAUAUCACUUUUGAUGAGAAAAGGUUCAACUUUAAUGGAAACUGUGAAUACACUCUCAUUCAGGACUACUGUGGCAAUACUAAUGGCAGUGGCAGCUUCAGAGUCCUCACUGAGAACGUUCCUUGUGGAACUAAAGGCACCACCUGCUCCAAGACCAUCAAGCUCUUCCUGGGGACCAGUGAGCUCAUAUUGGCAGAUGGGACCGCUCAAGUUGUCAGAAGUACUCCAGAAGAGCAGUUUCCUAAACAGAUCAGCCUUCUGGGGAAUUAUCUGGUCAUUGAAGUCAAAAGUGGUCUAAUCCUCAUGUGGGACAAGAAGACCAGUCUUUUUAUCAAGCUUAGCCCACAAUACCAGGGGCUGGUGUGUGGUCUGUGUGGAAACUAUGAUGGCAAUGCAAACAAUGACUUCACCACUAGAGCCCAAGCGACUGUUGUUGAUCCGGUGGAAUUUGGAAACAGCUGGAAAGUUUCAUCAAGCUGUCCAAGUGUAUCCGCUGUAGCGCACCCAUGUGCCUCCAACCCGUACAGAGCGUCUUGGGCCCAGAAACAGUGCAGCAUCAUUAACAGUGAUGUCUUCGCAGCCUGCCAGAACCAGGUGGACCCCUCUCCUUACUACGAUGCUUGUGUGAGAGACUCAUGUGCUUGUGACAGUGGUGGAGACUGCGAGUGCUUCUGUACCGCAGUGGCAGCUUAUGCAAAGGCCUGUAAUGAAGCUGGAGCAUGCGUAGCCUGGAGAACCCCUCGAAUUUGCCCACUGUUCUGUGAUUACUACAACCCUACUGGAGAAUGUGAGUGGCACUACAAGGCAUGUGGAGCUCAGUGUAUGAAGACCUGCAGAAACCCUUCCGGAGACUGUUCUAGUUUAAUUCCAGCAUUGGAAGGCUGCUAUCCUAACUGUCCUGCGGCACAACCUUACUUCAAUGAGGAGACAAUGAAGUGUGUGGAGAGGGAACAAUGUGGCUGUUAUGACUAUGAAGGAAACCAGUACACCAAUGGACAGAAUCUUCCGGCACAAAAUUGUGAAACAUGCACCUGCACAAUGACUGGAGUGAGCUGUAGUUAUGAUGUAAAUGAUUGUACAUGCUUGCAUAAUGGUAAACAACACCCAUAUGGAGAAACCCUCUACAAUACAACAGAUGGGAUUGGUAACUGCAUUGUUGCUGUUUGUGCCUCGAACGGAACCAUUACCAGGAACAUUUCGCCUUGUAAAGUGACCACAACUACAGUACCAACCACAACAUCCCCUCUGACCACAACAACUGUCCAUGCAACUACAACACAGACCUCUACAACAACACUAAAGCCCACAACUGUCUUCCACUUCUCAACACCUGAACCAACAUCAACAUCAACAUGGACGUCAACAACAAUGGAGACCACAACAACUACGGUACCCUCAACAAGUGGAGAAGAAUCUACAUCCACCCCAGCUGAAACUUCAACAAAGGAAGAAACAACAACUGAGACCAUCGCAUCCACAAAGCCACCUAAAGAAGUCACCACGGGCCCAGCAACCACUUCCACAACUGUAAAUGUUGAAACCGCUACUUCAACAUCACAGCCCACAACAACAGGUGAAGAAACAUCAGGGCCAGUUGUCAUAACUUCUAAUCCCACUACUUUAACAACAACAACAAUUGCACCCACAACAACGACACCUACCACAAGUGGAACGACAACAGUUGAAGAAACCACAACGGAGACAAUUUCAUCUACAGCCACAAAGCCACCUAAAGAAGUCCCCACGGGCCCAACAACCACUUCCACCACUGUAAUUGUUGAAACCUCUACUUCAACAUCACAGCCCACAGCAACAGGUGAAGAAACAUCAGGGCCAGUUGUCAUAACUUCUAAUCCCACUACUUUAACAACAACUACAAUGGCACCCACUACAACAACAGAGGUAACUACACCUACCACAGGUGGAACGACAACAGUUGAAGAAACCACAACAGAGACAAUUUCAUCUACAGCCACAAAGCCACCUAAAGAAGUCCCCACGGGCCCAACAACCACUUCCACCACUGUAAUUGUUGAAACCUCUACUUCAACAUCACAGCCCACAGCAACAGGUGAAGAAACAUCAGGGCCAGUUGUCAUUACAUCCAAUCCCACUACUUUAACAACAACAACAAUUGCACCCACAACAACGACACCUACCACAGGUGGAACGACAACAGUUGAAGAAACCACAACAGAGACAAUUUCAUCUACAGCCACAAAGCCACCUAAAGAAGUCCCCACGGGCCCAACAACAACUUCCACCACUGUAAUUGUUGAAACCUCUACUUCAACAUCACAGCCCACAACAACAGGUGAAGAAACAUCAGGGCCAGUUGUCAUAACUUCUAAUCCCACUACUUUAACAACAACUACAAUGGCACCCACUACAACAACAGAGGUAACUACACCUACCACAGGUGUAACGACAACCGUUGAAGAAACCACAACUGAGACAAUUUCAUCUACAUUCACAAAGCCACCUAAAGAAGUCCCCACUGGCCCAACAACCACUUCCACCACUGUAAAUGUUGAAACCUCUACUUCUACUUCAACAUCACAGCCCACAACAACAGGUGAAGAAACAUCAGGGCCAGUUGUCAUAACUUCCAAUCCCACUACUUUAACAACAACAACAAUUGCACCCACAACAAUGACACCUACCACAGGUGGAACGACAACAGUUGAAGAAACCACAAAUGAGACAAGUCCAUCUACAAAACCACCUAAAGAAGUGACCUCCGGCCCAACAACAACUUCCACCACUGUAAUUGCUGAAACCUCUACUUCAACAUCACAGCCCACAGCAACAGGUGAAGAAACAUCAGGGCCAGUUGUCAUUACAUCCAAUCCCACUACUUUAACAACAACUACAAUUGCACCCACAACAACGACACCUACCACAGGUGGAACGACAACAGUUGAAGAAACCACAACAGAGACAAUUUCAUCUACAGCCACAAAGCCACCUAAAGAAGUCCCCACGGGCCCAACAACCACUUCCACCACUGUAAUUGUUGAAACCUCUACUUCAACAUCACAGCCCACAACAACAGGUGAAGAAACAACAGGGCCAGUUGUCAUAACUUCCAAUCCCACUACUUUAACAACAACAACAAUUGCACCCACAACAACGACACCUACCACAGGUGGAACGACAACAGUUGAAGAAACCACAAAUGAGACAAGUCCAUCUACAAAACCACCUAAAGAAGUGACCUCCGGCCCAACAACAACUUCCACCACUGUAAUUGCUGAAACCUCUACUUCAACAUCACAGCCCACAACAACAGGUGAAGAAACAACAGGGCCAGUUGUCAUUACAUCCAAUCCCACUACUUUAACAACAACAACAAUUGCACCCACAACAACGACACCUACCACAGGUGGAACGACAACAGUUGAAGAAACCACAACAGAGACAAUUUCAUCUACAGCCACAAAGCCACCUAAAGAAGUCCCCACGGGCCCAACAACAACUUCCACCACUGUAAUUGUUGAAACCUCUACUUCAACAUCACAGCCCACAGCAACAGGUGAAGAAACAUCAGGGCCAGUUGUCAUAACUUCUAAUCCCACUACUUUAACAACAACUACAAUGGCACCCACUACAACAACAGAGGUAACUACACCUACCACAGGUGGAACGACAACAGUUGAAGAAACCACAACAGAGACAAUUUCAUCUACAGCCACAAAGCCACCUAAAGAAGUCCCCACGGGCCCAACAACCACUUCCACCACUGUAAUUGUUGAAACCUCUACUUCAACAUCACAGCCCACAGCAACAGGUGAAGAAACAUCAGGGCCAGUUGUCAUUACAUCCAAUCCCACUACUUUAACAACAACAACAAUUGCACCCACAACAACGACACCUACCACAGGUGGAACGACAACAGUUGAAGAAACCACAACAGAGACAAUUUCAUCUACAGCCACAAAGCCACCUAAAGAAGUCCCCACGGGCCCAACAACCACUUCCACCACUGUAAUUGUUGAAACCUCUACUUCAACAUCACAGCCCACAACAACAGGUGAAGAAACAACAGGGCCAGUUGUCAUAACUUCCAAUCCCACUACUUUAACAACAACUACAAUUGCACCCACAACAACGACAUCUACCACGGGGGGAACUACAAGAAUUGAAGAAACCACAUCUGAGUCAAUUUCAUCUACAUCCACAAAGCCACCUAAAGAAGUCCCCACGGGCCCAACAACCACUUCCACCACUGUAAUUGUUGAAACAUCUACUUCAACAUCACAGCACUUAACAACAGGUGAAGAAACAACAGGGCCAGUUGUCAUAACUUCCAAUCCCACUACUUUAACAACAACAACAAUUGCACCCAUGACAACGACACCUACCACAGGUGGAACGACAACAGUUGAAGAAACCACAAAUGAGACAAGUCCAUCUACAAAACCACCUAAAGAAGUCACCUCUGGCCCAACAACAACUUCCACCACUGUAAUUGUUGAAACCUCUACUUCAACAUCACAGCCCACAGCAACUGGUGAAGAAACAUCAGGUCCAGUUGUCAUAACUUCCAAUCCCACUACUUUAACAACAACUACAAUUGCACUCACAACAACGACACCUACCACAGGUGGAACGACAACAGUUGAAGAAACCACAACAGAGACAAUUUCAUCUACAGCCACAAAGCCACCUAAAGAAGUCCCCACGGGCCCAACAACCACUUCCACCACUGUAAUUGUUGAAACAUCUACUUCAACAUCACAGCACUUAACAACAGGUGAAGAAACAACAGGGCCAGUUGUCAUAACUUCCAAUCCCACUACUUUAACAACAACUACAAUUGCACCCACAACAACGACACCUACCACAGGUGUAACGACAACAGUUGAAGAAACCACAAAUGAGACAAGUCCAUCUACAAAACCACCUAAAGAAGUCACCUCCGGCCCAACAACAACUUCCACCACUGUAAUUGUUGAAACCUCUACUUCAACAUCACAGCCCACAGCAACAGGUGAAGAAACAUCAGAGCCAGUUGUCAUUACAUCCAAUCCCACUACUUUAACAACAACAACAGUUGCACCCACAACAACGACACCUACCACAGGUGGAACGACAACAGUUGAAGAAACCACAACAGAGACAAUUUCAUCUACAGCCACAAAGCCACCUAAAGAAGUCCCCACGGGCCCAACAACCACUUCCACCACUGUAAUUGUUGAAACCUCUACUUCAACAUCACAGCCCACAGCAACAGGUGAAGAAACAUCAGGGCCAGUUGUCAUUACAUCCAAUCCCACUACUUUAACAACAACAACAAUUGCACCCACAACAACGACACCUACCACAGGUGGAACGACAACAGUUGAAGAAACCACAACAGAGACAAUUUCAUCUACAGCCACAAAGCCACCUAAAGAAGUCCCCACGGGCCCAACAACAACUUCCACCACUGUAAUUGUUGAAACCUCUACUUCAACAUCACAGCCCACAACAACAGGUGAAGAAACAUCAGGGCCAGUUGUCAUAACUUCUAAUCCCACUACUUUAACAACAACUACAAUGGCACCCACUACAACAACAGAGGUAACUACACCUACCACAGGUGUAACGACAACCGUUGAAGAAACCACAACUGAGACAAUUUCAUCUACAUUCACAAAGCCACCUAAAGAAGUCCCCACUGGCCCAACAACCACUUCCACCACUGUAAAUGUUGAAACCUCUACUUCUACUUCAACAUCACAGCCCACAACAACAGGUGAAGAAACAUCAGGGCCAGUUGUCAUAACUUCCAAUCCCACUACUUUAACAACAACUACAAUUGCACCCACAACAACGACACCUACCACAGGUGGAACGACAACAGUUGAAGAAACCACAACAGAGACAAUUUCAUCUACAUCCACAAAGCCACCUAAAGAAGUCCCCACGGGCCCAACAACCACUUCCACCACUGUAAUUGUUGAAACAUCUACUUCAACAUCACAGCCCACAACAACAGGUGAAGAAACAACAGGGCCAGUUGUCAUAACUUCCAAUCCCACUACUUUAACAACAACAACAAUUGCACCCACAACAACGACACCUACCACAGGUGGAACGACAACAGUUGAAGAAACCACAAAUGAGACAAGUCCAUCUACAAAACCACCUAAAGAAGUCACCUCCGGCCCAACAACAACUUCCACCACUGUAAUUGUUGAAACCUCUACUUCAACAUCACAGCCCACAACAACAGGUGAAGAAACAACAGGGCCAGUUGUCAUUACAUCCAAUCCCACUACUUUAACAACAACAACAAUUGCACCCACAACAACGACACCUACCACAGGUGGAACAACAACAGUUGAAGAAACCACAACCGAGACAAUUUCAUCUACAAAACCACCUAAAGAAGUCACCUCUGGCCCAACAACAACUUCCACCACUGUAAUUGUUGAAACCUCUACUUCAACAUCACAGCCCACAACAACAGGUGAAGAAACAACAGGGCCAGUUGUCAUAUCUUCCAAUCCCACUACUUUAACAACAACAACAAUUGCACCCACAACAACGACACCUACCACAGGUGGAACGACAACAGUUGAAGAAACCACAAAUGAGACAAGUCCAUCUACAGCCACAAAGCCACCUAAAGAAGUCCCCACGGGCCCAACAACCACUUCCACCACUGUAAUUGUUGAAACCUCUACUUCAACAUCACAGCCCACAGCAACUGGUGAAGAAACAUCAGGUCCAGUUGUCAUAACUUCCAAUCCCACUACUUUAACAACAACUACAAUUGCACUCACAACAACGACACCUACCACAGGUGGAACGACAACAGUUGAAGAAACCACAACAGAGACAAUUUCAUCUACAGCCACAAAGCCACCUAAAGAAGUCCCCACGGGCCCAACAACCACUUCCACCACUGUAAUUGUUGAAACAUCUACUUCAACAUCACAGCACUUAACAACAGGUGAAGAAACAUCAGGGCCAGUUGUCAUAACUUCUAAUCCCACUACUUUAACAACAACUACAAUGGCACCCACUACAACAACAGAGUUAACUACACCUACCACAGGUGUAACGACAACCGUUGAAGAAACCACAACUGAGACAAUUUCAUCUACAUUCACAAAGCCACCUAAAGAAGUCCCCACUGGCCCAACAACCACUUCCACCACUGUAAAUGUUGAAACCUCUACUUCUACUUCAACAUCACAGCCCACAACAACAGGUGAAGAAACAUCAGGGCCAGUUGUCAUAACUUCCAAUCCCACUACUUUAACAACAACUACAAUUGCACCCACAACAACGACACCUACCACAGGUGGAACGACAACAGUUGAAGAAACCACAACAGAGACAAUUUCAUCUACAUCCACAAAGCCACCUAAAGAAGUCCCCACGGGCCCAACAACCACUUCCACCACUGUAAUUGUUGAAACAUCUACUUCAACAUCACAGCCCACAACAACAGGUGAAGAAACAACAGGGCCAGUUGUCAUAACUUCCAAUCCCACUACUUUAACAACAACAACAAUUGCACCCACAACAACGACACCUACCACAGGUGGAACGACAACAGUUGAAGAAACCACAAAUGAGACAAGUCCAUCUACAAAACCACCUAAAGAAGUCACCUCCGGCCCAACAACAACUUCCACCACUGUAAUUGUUGAAACCUCUACUUCAACAUCACAGCCCACAACAACAGGUGAAGAAACAACAGGGCCAGUUGUCAUUACAUCCAAUCCCACUACUUUAACAACAACAACAAUUGCACCCACAACAACGACACCUACCACAGGUGGAACAACAACAGUUGAAGAAACCACAACCGAGACAAUUUCAUCUACAAAACCACCUAAAGAAGUCACCUCUGGCCCAACAACAACUUCCACCACUGUAAUUGUUGAAACCUCUACUUCAACAUCACAGCCCACAACAACAGGUGAAGAAACAACAGGGCCAGUUGUCAUAUCUUCCAAUCCCACUACUUUAACAACAACAACAAUUGCACCCACAACAACGACACCUACCACAGGUGGAACGACAACAGUUGAAGAAACCACAACCGAGACAAUUUCAUCUACAGCCACAAAGCCACCUAAAGAAGUCCCCACGGGCCCAACAACCACUUCCACCACUGUAAUUGCUGAAAGCUCUACUUCAACAUCACAGCCCACAACAACAGGUGAAGAAACAACAGGGCCAGUUGUCAUUACAUCCAAUCCCACUACUUUAACAACAACAACAAUUGCACCCACAACAACGACACCUACCACAGGUGGAAGGACAACAGUUGAAGAAACCACAACCGAGACAAGUCCAUCUACAAAGCCACCUAAAGAAGGCACCUCCGGCCCAACAACAACUUCCACCACUGUAAUUGUUGAAACCUCUACUUCAACAUCACAGCCCACAACAACAGGUGAAGAAACAACAGGGCCAGUUGUCAUAACUUCCAAUCCCACUACUUUAACAACAAAAACAGAGGUAACUACACCUACCACAGGUGUAACGACAACAGUUGAAGAAACCACAACUGAGACAAUUUCAACUACAUCUACAAAACCACCUAAAGAAGCCACCACAGGCCCAAUGACAUAUUCCACAACUGCUGAAGUUGUAACUUUGACAUCACAGCCUUCAACAACAAGUACAGAAACAACAGAGCCAGUUGUCAUCACAGGCCCAUUAGAAACAACAAUAAAUCCUUCAACAUCGCCACAAGUGAUUAUUACAUCAACAUCACAAGUAGUCACCACCAGCCAGUGUAUGUGCAUUGUUAAUGGGACACAAUAUCUACCAGGGAACCUAGUGUAUAAUGUGACUGAUGGUUCAGGGUGGUGCUUCACCGCUUACUGCAAAGCAACGUGUCAAGUUGAAGUGGAAUCAAAUCCAUGUCCUUCCUCUACACCACCCACUGUUUCACCCACAACGUCAGAAGAGACAACGACCACACCACCAACAACUCAAUCCUCCCCAGACUGCACUAGCAUUCAGCCACCAAGAAAGAAUGGAGAGUCUUGGCAGCUGAAUAGCUGUACCACAGCAAUUUGCCAGGACGGUAUUGUUGUCCAGCUACCAGUAAAAUGCAAGCCAGUGGAGCCACUACAGUGUGAGAAUGGUCGUCCACCUGUCAAGGUCUAUGAUUCAACUGGAUGCUGCUUUACGUAUGAAUGUGAAUGUGUAUGCAGUGGAUGGGGUGGAUCUCACUACAUGACAUUUGAUGGAGUAUAUUACAAUUUCCAGGAGAACUGCUCAUACAUCUUAGUGAAAGAAAUCAACUUCAAAUACAACCUUACCAUUAUUGUUGAUAAUCACUACUGUGGAAACGCAGACAGUGGAUUCUGUCCUCAGUCCCUUAUCAUUCACUACAAUUCCUAUGAAGUGAUUCUUACCCAGCAGAGAUCUGGUGACACAACAGAAAACGUGGUAUAUGUCAACAGUAAACGAAUCUACCCAGCUUACAGAAUGGGUGACAUUGCUCUAACAAGUACUGGUGUGGAGGUCGUGCUGGAGAUCCCUGAUCUUAAGGUUCAGGUGUCUUACAAGGGGUCAUCAUUUAGCAUCAACCUUCCUUACUCCCUCUUCCAAAGCAGCACAGAGGGCCAGUGUGGUACCUGUGAUAAUUCCCAGAAGAAUGACUGCCAGUCACCUAAUGGUCAGAUACAGAGCUGCUCAGUCGCAGCUAGCCAGUGGCUUAUUCCAAACCAGGACUGUCCAACUCCUCCAACAGCACCACCCCCAAGCACAUCACCUACCCCCUGCAAGACAGCCGUUUGUGAAAUCAUGAACAGCAAGGUCUUUGAGGAAUGCCAUAAAGUGGUUUCUCCUGAUGCCUUCGUUCAGGCCUGUAGAUCAGAUGUCUGCUACAAUGCUAAUUCUAGCUGCUCUAGUCUGGAGGCGUAUGCAUCUGAAUGUGCAAAUAAAGGGAUCUGCAUUGAAUGGAGGAAGUUCACCCAUGGAGAAUGUGAGCAUACAUGCCCAGCCACGAAGGUGUACAUGCCAUGUGGUCCAGCAGUUGAACCAACAUGUAAUACCAGAUAUAAUGAGAAGUAUUUGAACAACCAAACCCAAAUGAUCAAUAAGACGAAGGAGGGUUGCUUCUGUCCAUCUAAAACCGUCUUGUUCAGCACCUACUCUGAUACUUGUGUGGUCUCCUGUGGCUGCACCGGACCUGAUGGCAACCCCCAAAUGCCUGGUGAUACAUGGGAGAGUGGUUGCCAGCAGUGCACCUGUGACAUGGACUCCGUGAUUGUCCAGUGCCAGCCUAUCACCUGCCCCACACCAGCCACACCCAUCUGCAAUGAGACUGGUUCCAGACUGGUGAACAAGACAGAAGGCUGCUGCCAGAAAUAUACAUGUGAGUGUGAUGCACUGCUUUGCCCCAAAGUCAUGAUGGACUGCCAGCUAGGGUGGGAGGCAAUUAUAAGCACAUCCAACUCAAGCUGCUGUCCAGAGUAUACCUGUGUUCCUAAGGGUGUAUGUGUCUACAAUAACAUUGAGUACCAGCCUGGUGCUGAAGUUCCUAAAGGAACAUGUGAGAAUUGUAUCUGCAGCUCGACCAUGGAUCCUAGUACCAAGCUCAACAACAUUGUGUGCACAAAUAUCUCCUGCAACACUACAUGUUCACAGGGCUUCCAGUAUCAGGCCAUACCUGGUCAGUGUUGUGGGAAAUGUGUACAGACAAGCUGUGUGGUUAAUAUGCCAGAUAAGACCAAACACACUAUGCAGGUGAACGAAACAUGGUCACCACCUGGUGACAAAUGUGUGAUGUACACGUGUGACAAAAGUGAUGACCAAUAUAUACCAGUCGAGGUGAAGACUGUGUGCCCUGAUUUCAGCCCAGAGAUCUGUGUCCCAGGCACAGAAAAGACAGAUGCAAAUGGAUGCUGCAAGACUUGCACAGAACGCAGGAAUGUCUGUGAGAUGAAGUACACCACCACUAGCAUUGUCAUCAGUGGUUGUGUGACCGCUGAGCCUGUGGAGAUCAAUUCCUGCUCAGGAAACUGUGGAACCUCUUCCAUGUACUCAGCAGAGGCGAACACCAUGAUGCACUACUGCUCCUGCUGCCAAGAGGCGACCACUAGCCAGAAAGAGGUAGAGCUGCUCUGCCCUGAUGGGUCAAAGGUCAAGCACUCCUACAUCCACGUGGAGUCGUGCGGAUGUCAUGUCACAGACUGUGACACAGGCACGACUGCCACCCCGGGAACAACCAGACAGCGCAGGAGGAGGCGCUAAACGUCUAGGGAGACAACAUCGGAAUUGUUCUCAUGACAUCGAAUGUUUUAGUGCAAAUUUGUUUUCUUGUUACUUUUUAAUUCAAUCUGUCAUGUCAGUAUAUUUCUGCAAUCGGCAGCACUUAGUAUUAUGUUCUUAUACCUUCAUUGUGGAAUGAAAGUAUUUUCUAUGAUAAAUGUAGAGGGUAAUCUUUUUUUCUCAUUUGUAGUGAUUAAUAAACAACAGCAACAUCA